AGACGAAGUGCACAGAGAUUGAAAGCUCUGCAGUGUGCUUGUUUACCCGCUUCGUCCAGGACUAGCUUGAGACAGCUUUAUAGCCUUACCAUGCCCGACAAGAACCACAAUAUGGGGAAAACAUUUAAACAGAGAAAAAGCUUUGCCACACGGAAGGAAGAGGUGGCAGGCAUUCGAACCAAAUUUCCCACAAAAGUUCCAGUGAUUGUGGAGCGCUAUCACAAAGAAAAGCAGUUGCCCAUUUUGGACAAAACCAAGUUUUUGGUACCUCAAGAACUUUCCAUGUCACAGUUUGUCACAAUUAUCAGGAAUCGGAUGUCCCUGAAUGCAAACCAAGCCUUUUAUUUACUGGUGGCGAACAAGAGCAUAGCAAGCAUGUCCACCACACUGGCCGAGAUAUACAGAGACGAAAAGGAUGAGGAUGGAUUUCUCUACAUGACAUAUGCUUCACAGGAAAUGUUUGGUUGCUGAUGAGAACUGGUUGCUUUUCUGUCUGUCCAUUUGUAUAUAGAACUUUAUAUUGAAAACAAAGAGUAAAAGGUCCAGCAAAAGCCUUCAGUUGGCUACAAUCUCCGACCAAACUUUGGGUUCAUUAUGCUUAUACUGCAAAAGUUGCCAGUGCUAUCCUGUGAUUACUUGUGUGACUCCGACCAUACCUUCCUUUGGUUGUUAAAGGUUUAGAGAUAACCAAAUGCUGCUUCAUGUACCUUGUGCAUUUUUUUUUUCCCUCCAGUAGAAAGCAUUCUUGGAUGCAUUUACGUAUUGUGUGCAAAAUUUUGACGAAAACUUAUGGGUUAGAGCUGUCAAAAGAUAUGAAAGUAUUUUUUGGUUAUCUGGACACAUUGAAAUAUGAAUGCGCAAUCUUGGAUGCACAAGAGUACAACAAUAUGCAUUACCUUACAAUUCAAACUCUGAUAUGGCUGUCCCAUUUUACUGAGAAAACACUAGUUCAUGCUUCAGUUGUUCUUUCAGAAGUCCUUGCUCUCUGGCCACUGUCACAGAACCUACUAGUCAAUAUUUGCUUUACAUGAUGUCUAUCCCCCUCCCCCCUAAAACAGUUUUAUUUGUUUGUUUGUUCAGGUAAUAUUGAUGCUCUUGAAAUAUGGCGCUUAUUUACCUUUUGUGUAAUUGUCAUAUAUUAUGGUAAGGAGCUGGAGGAUUCUUGAUCAUGUUUUUUGUAAUCUGGCUAAUUUACAUUAAUAUUUAUGAGCAAGAAUUAUGUUACAUAUUUACGUGCAGAGGUCAAAGUUGUCAAUUUAGGCAAAAAACAAAACAUCAGGAGAAAUUUUCUUAUGGUGAUCGUCAUUCGUAACCAAAUAUAGGAAAAAUGAAGGUUUGCUCAAAUGAUAAUGCGUUUACAAGGGACCAGAAGUGAUCCACAUUUCUGACCGAUUUGGCACAAGACCGUCAUUCCCAUUUAAAUAAUGUCAAACUUUUGUGGGAUUACCCAUAAUACAAACUUUUAUGUCCAUAGAAUCUACAUGCACAAUUCCUUAAGAAAAUUUUGAUCUCUGACAUUAUAUUAUCAUCCAUAUUUAAUAUGUUGGGCAAAAUACAUUAAAACAUGUCAAUCUGUAAUGCUUAUUAAAUAUGGACGUCGUAAAUUCGGGUAAAUCAAUAGCAUCCCUGUUUAUCAAUAUGUAAACAAUUUGCUGAGGAAAAUGCUUUGAAAAGACUGGAUUUAUGUUACAGAUUCCUUUCAAAGGCUUUCAUCUAUCUCUUUGAAAACAUGACAUUGGGUUAAACUGUAGUGUUUUUCUUUUCAUAAAUUGGGUGUUUUCUGUGGUAGUUUUGUGAACUUUGUUCCUUGAGAUUUACAAUAAAGCAAAGACAUUAAAUGGGCUAUCCAUAUAGGCCUGAUGGCACACUGAUGAAUCCAGUAAAGAUGUUCUUAUAUGUUUACUUUUGGACAUGAUAAAUGCUAGAGGACAAUUUAAUGGCAUCUUACAUGUAAUUCAAACCAAAUUGGUUGUAAAAAUCACUCCAGAGAUGGAGCAUUGCCUCAGAAGGUGAUAAACUGCUUGAUAAAAUGCUGCCCUAUGAAGGCUUAAACCUGCAAAGGACUUUACAGACUGUGAUAUUAAUGUUCAUUUACAUGAUUUGGUGCACCACAAUUGUUAAAAACACCUUAUUCAUUUAAUAUUAAAUUUUCUGCAAUUUACGUGUGUAACAACCUACAUUUGAGACAACCUGUGUCAACCCCCCCCCCCAACUUUAUGUAGGCUUGAAUGAUGCCUAGACCUUGACAGACCAACUUAUUAACCAUUAAAGUAUUUUUGAUAAACUGUUGAUAAUUAACAGAGUAAACGCAAUGGACUGUGGGUGUGUAAGGUUAGUAUAUUUUUACAACUUAUAUUUUUACCACAUAUGCUUUGCCCUAAAUUUUCAUCUUCACCUCUACACAGUGUUAUGUGUGAAUGGAUUAUACACUUAGUUCAGUAAACGUCAAAUUGAAAAAUUACUAGCACUGGGUAAAGUAUGCUUUUUCAGUAUUUUCACUUCUUUAUUUUGAGAAAGAACAAGUAUCUAGCUUGCAGGCCAGGGUAUAUUUCUUUUUUCACAUUUUUUUCAUGAAAAUGUUUAUUCUCAUCUCAAAAAUUAUCAUAUGUUAACUUUUUUUUUUGUGUCAGUCGUUGUUUGUGUCGGGCAUUAAAUUGGUUAGGGAAUCAAGUUUGUAUUCAGUGAAGAGAGGCAUUCACAUACCUUAAUUGCUCUUAGUAUUAAUGUUAAAUUGUUUUUGUCAUGGAAAAUGUUUCAUAAUUCAAAAUGAAGCACAGGCUGUCUUUUCCCCAUGUAUUGACUUAGUUCUCCAACACAUUUUCAUACAGCUUGUUUAUGGAAUGGGUAUAGAGAUGCAUUAAUGUACACGGUUGUAAAACAGAAAUAUGGGACCUUGUUGCAGGAUUCAUCUAACAUCAUGUUUCCAGCUGAAAUGUUCAGUGAAAUUGAUGAUUUUUUCUCGAAAUAUUAUGUGUGCAUUCUCAAAGAAAAAGGCUUGAUGGUUUAAAAGGUUUUUCUUUAAUAUAAGUGUUCUGACCUUUAAUUUGUGCCUUAAAAUAUUAUAUUGUAUAUAUUUACUAAAUUUUACAAAGCCAUUUUAGACAGCAAUGGCAAGUUUCAGUUUGAAAAUGGGUAACUUACAUUGUUUGGGAAGUUAUAAUUUAGUUGUGAACUUAGAUUCUACGUGGAUGUCAUAUGUAUAUUGUAAAUAUUACGGUUGAAAUAAACCAAAUUUUGAAACUGUUUGUGUUAUUUCGUG